CUUCUCAUUUCUCAAUGAAUAUCAGCUGAUAUUUGUUGCCUUCGUAUGACAUCUUGUUUUCUGUGUAUAAAUCAUUGUUAUGAAUGUUAUAUAUAAAUACAUGAUAAAAAUCCAAUUUUUAUAUUGUCUUUAGGCCUUUCAUAUUAUAGUGCUAUAAAUAUUUAUUUUUAAAUUUUAUAUAUUUUCUAUUGUAAUAAUGGCGUUUGUUUACCAAGGCGAUGCUGAUUUAGAAGCCAAAGCAAAAAAAGCGGCAGAACGAAUAUCCGAAAAUAUGCAUAUUGUAGCAAAUGAACCGUCCUUAGCAUUAUAUCGACUUCAGGAGCAUGUGAGGAAAGCUUUGCCUCCAAUGGUUGAAAGAAGAGUGGAAGUCACAAAACUCCAACAUGAACUGCAGGGUAGAUGCUAUGAUGUGGAAUAUGCUUUGAGUGCUGUAAAAUCCAUGGAUGGUGCUGCAACAAGCUUCCAGAACAUUCAGGAAAUGUUAAAGCAGGCGAUAUUUUUAAAACAACAGUUAAAAUAUGAGGAGGGUAGAAGAAAUAAAAAAGUUACAAAUUCUGUGUACAAACGUCUCUCUGCUCAUAUUGUUCUUGAUUUGCCGGAUUUAUCCGAUUUCUCUAUGGUUCGCGAGACUACCAAUAGAAUAGAAAAUAUUAUGGCACAUGCCAGGGGCUCUAAUGCUGAGUUACACAGGUCUCAUACUACAUUACAUUAGGCUGGAUAGUAUAGCUAUAGACACAGUAGUAUUUGGAAAUUUCACUGUUGUUUGAUAGAUUAGUGAUACAACAGUUUACAUAACAACAUCAGUGAUAUUGAAUAGUUUCAUGUUAAGUGAUGGAACAUUUCAGAUAUCAAGACUAGUCAGGUUUCUUAGAAAGUAAGUGCUUUGUAUCAUUAAUUAUGAUUAUA